CUCUCUAGCAACACUCAUAGAGUGCCUUUCCUUUCUAUAAUCUGUGGUCUCUCUUUUGGUAAAAAUCGGGAUCGUGAGAUUCUUGUGAUAUGGCCGGAAAUAAUACCGAAGAAGUAGAGGGGUCCGCGACCACCGAUGUGAAGACCAACAGUGCUGCGGAAGUACCGCCAGAGUUCCUUAUCAAGCAUCCCCUACAGAACACUUGGAGCCUUUGGUUUUACGACAAUGACAGAAACAAGACAUGGGAAGAGAACCUGAUAGAACUCACCACAUUUGAUACAGUCGAGGACUUUUGGAGACUAUACCACCACAUAAAGCUACCGUCAGAACUGCGCCAAGGCCACGACUAUGCAGUGUUCAAACAGGGCAUCCGUCCCAUGUGGGAGGACGACGCCAACAAGAUGGGAGGAAGAUGGCUUAUCAGUCUUGAGAAGAAACAGCGUAACUCCGACUUGGACCGGUUUUGGUUAGAUGUGGUUCUUUUACUCAUUGGGGAGAAUUUCGAGAAUGCUGAUGAAAUUUGCGGUGCAGUUGUGAAUGUUAGGCCUAAACUUGAUAAAAUAGGUGUGUGGACAGCGGAUGCUUCCAAACAGAAUGCUACUGUAGAGAUUGGCAGAAAACUGAAGGAGCAGCUCGGAAUCCACGGAAAAAUCGGCUUCCAGGUCCAUAGAGACACUAUGGUCAAACACAGCUCGGCCACCAAGAAUUUGUAUACUGUUUAGUCUGAAUUAUUUGUACUACAUGUAUGGGAUAACUCGUUAUUAUGAAUAACAGGUUAUAAAAGUGGAGCUCUUCUUGUGUCAUAUAAAUCUAUUAAAAAUUCUGUUUAAUUUGGUAGAAGAAUUUGUCGCAAAACUACGCAUCCGCGCGAUUAAGUGAUGUUUGUGUAAAAAGAUUGCGUGAUUUAACUACAAACCAAAGUUUCGAAACGCUUGACCACGCAACACCGCGGAUCACGGUUAUAUGUUCUGCUGUGUAAGCUCCAUGUUCAGUGGUGCUGAUUCAAUGCUACACUUCUAUACCUUGUUACUAUGUUGUGAACUAAAUACUAAGUUAUUAUUCGCACUGUGUGCGAGUAUUAACGAUUUUUCUAUGGUUGGUCCAGUUGUGAAACUUAUUGAUUAAGUAAUGAUAUUUGAUAUAUCAAAUUAUUGAUUGGGCUAUAAGUCUGUAUAUGAUUACUAAAAGUUACAGUUAGAUUGCUGUAUGUAGCAUUUGUAACGUUUAGAAUCUGAUAGAGACAUGCUAGAGUUAUCUCAUAAUGUUUCGUCAAAUAGUUUAUUUUAUUUAACAGAAGUCGUGUUUUAGGUUGAUGUUUGAUCAUUUGUUUCGUAUUCAGAGCUUUAUAACAUCUAGCAAAGUAAUACUGUAGUAAUUUAUGAACUAAUUAACUGAUAUGAACUAAAAAUUCAUAAUUUUAUUAAAAUAUUUUACCAACCACUGACUACUACUACUAUAGUAGAGGAGACCAGGUAUAAAAGUAACGCGGGAUGAACGUAACACAUGGUUUUAUUACACUUACUUAGGCCUCGUCAAGUUUACUACAAGAUUUCCUAAUACGUAUGUUUACAGUAGGUAACUGACCUACUGCGGACCCCUGAUAAACACGCUACGGACCCUUAAGGGGUCCGUGGACCCCACUUUAAGAAACCCUGGCCUACAUGAACAACUUAACCAAAGAAAGAGCCAAAUACGAACUACUGUCCACUUCACCCCACAUACUAUGGAGCCUCUACAGUGGCGAAUCCGUCUCAUCACCAUUCACAAGUGGCCAAAAACCUCAAAACAUCUUCGUGCAAGCAAACAACGCAUCUUCAGUGUUUCGCAGUGCUGUAGAUACAGCGAAAUCAAUAUUUUCUCAAGCUUCGCAGAAUGUUUUUGGAUCGCCGCCAGCACAAAAUCUUAAGUAUAUUUGGAGUGCAAACACAAAGUUAAAAGUCCACGGCAUAUUUUUUUUAUCUAAUUGAGAUCUCGUUAUUAGCCCACAUCAACCUUAGUGCGUUCCAACAAAGUUCACGAUCAACGUUCAUGACAAAAAGAGACUGGAAAAUAUAUGUACUUAUGUAUCAUAAUAAUAAUACCUAAAGCAUGGCAAAAUGUAGUCAGGUGGAUGAGAUGUUAGUGUAAUAAGAGUAACAGUUCAAAUCAGUUAUUUAGUUUGUCAAUAUCCACUUUGCUGUUGAACUGUAAGUCUGAUUUUUUAUAUGAAAUGCUCGAGUAUGUUUGUUGUACGAUCACAUAGUCGUAAGUUUGUAUUUACUUGGUUCUAGAACAAGAACUAAACAAAAACAUUUCAUUUAUAACAUUAACACUGACCGUGUAAACUCAUAGUCGAACCGUCACCUGAGUCAGGUCUACUGUUACACAUACUGACUCCAGUAAUAUGUGUUGUUUAAAUUUGGUAUUUGUAAGUAACGUUUUGGCAUACAUAUUUUAAUAAAGUAUAAAUUAA